AUGAUUAAUGUGUUCAGACCACAUUUUGACCACCCAAAGACUUCGACAGGUGCCUUGGAUACCGUUGAAAGUCUAACACGUGAUGUUCAUUUGAAGCCAAUUCACUCCCACAACGACUACUGGCGUAAAAGACCCUUACUAGAUGCUUUACUGUAUGGUUGUGUUAGCGUCGAAGGAGAUAUCUGGCAUUUUAAAGAGGAUUACACAGUUGGUGAUACCAUUACCGCAACCACACUGAAGUUUUUGUCCGAUGAAAUGUAUGUGGGUCACAAUCAGAUCUAUUUGAAGCCCGAGAAUACUCUCGAUAAGGUGUAUUUUGAUCCAAUGUUCAGUUUCUUGGAAAGUGCCAACAAGGAGUUCUCUGUUCCAAUCCUUGAGAACUUCAAUGCGAAAUUCGGGCUCUUCUACGAUGCUCCCGAGAUUCCGUUGUACUUCUGGCUAGAUUUGAAGACUGAGGGCACAGAUAUCUAUGCCCAUUUGAAAAAGUACUUGUCCAGAUUCAUCGACAAGGACUACUUGGCAUUCUACGACCACGAAACAGGUACGAUGCUGCCGGGUCCUGUGAUCAUUACUUUGACUGGAAAUGUUCCCUGGGAUGUAUUAAAUAACGAAACAGAAACCACUAACAGAUAUGUCUAUGCGGACUGUCCACUUCACGAAUUUCUAGGCGCAGGAGACGAUAAGAUGAAGAAAUUCAAGAAAACAUGCGUCUUUGUCAGUGCUUCAUUGGAGCAAUUGCUUGGAAAGGAAAGUUACCAGACUGCUGUGAGAGGAGACUUUUCCGAUGAACAGCAGGCCAAAUUGAAGCAGAUCUUCGAUGUGGCACACGAAAAUGGCAUCAAAACAAGAAUCUGGGGAGGCGUGGAUUGGCCCAUCCAUGUGAGAGAUAGUCAUUGGACCACUUUGUGGAGAUUGGGAUGUGAUCUCAUCAAUGCUGACGAUUUGGCAGCUGCCGCAAAUAUCUUCUAA